UUUGCUUCUCUUUGAAAAAGAAGGGGAAAAGACAACCGGAGUAAACGAAAUGCAUAGAUAAAACAGUGGGUAUAAUUGCAUGAUUAAAAAUGAAAAACGAAUAAAUAUCAAACGAUUGACGAAAGAUAUACAAGUGCUUUUUAACUUAUCACCUGAAUCUUUUGGCGGUAAUUCGUGAACAUGUCAUUAAUAAGAAAACCCAUGCGAUAUGCUCAUCAAGAAGGACACACCGACGUUUGCUAUUAUUCUGGCGAAAAGAGAGGGCUCGUUACGUGUGGUUGCGAUGGAGAUGUUAGAUCCUGGUUAAAUUUAAUGGACGAUGACCCGACCACCAGUUGUAUUUCGGAACAAGCAAUUACUGCUAUCUCAAAGGACGGUAAAAUUUUUGUGGGAAAUGACAAUAACACAGUACAAAUACUUACUUAUCCUGAUUUAGAGAAGGAAGGAAUAGUUACUAGAUUUUCAGCACCAGUCUCAGCAUUGGCAACAGCAAAAGAUAGUAAUUUAAUAGUAUCUGGUGCCUGCGAUAUGCGGAUACAAGUCACAAACAUUAAUACUUUAGACAGUAUAGAAUUAGAAGGUCAUGAAGCACCUAUCUUGGGCUUAUCUUUAGAUCCAAAAGAAGAGUUUGUGGCAUCUUCUAGUGCUGAUGGAUCUAUUCGAGUAUGGAAUAUUAAAGAAAAGAGAACCGUACAUGUUUGGAAUAAUAUUGUACCAAAAUGUAACUCCUUUUUUAUUGCAAAGUCAUAUUGCACACCUUCUUUCAAAUGUACAGAUGGCAGUUGUUUAGCAUAUCCAGCUAACAAAGAUAUAGUUAUUGUAGAAAGAUUAUCCUGGAAGGAAUUGUAUAGAUUGAAGUGUCCUACUUUGAAAACUGAAAUCAGCAUUUGUAAGUUCUCUGAGUGUGGCACGCGCAUCGCAGCUAGUUCACUAUAUGGAGAGAUAGUUAUAUGGAAUGUUGAAACUAAGGAAAUAAUUGGAUAUCUCGAACAUGAGCAAGAUACCAAAAUCACUGCAUUGGUGUGGCACAUAGAUCAUUCAAAUGAAAUCGCAUUCUGUGAUGCAUUAGGAAAAUUAGGAUGCAUUGAUGUGAUAAAUACUAGUAAGCCUACAAGUGAUGUAAUGUUAGAUUUUGAAAAAAAUGAAGACAUGAUGGAAAAUAAUCUUGCUUUAUCGGACCAUGAUGACGAUGAUGACGAAAACGUGAUAUCCCUGAAUAAAAUCAAGGCCUCUGUCAAUUUAGAGGAUGACGAAAAAUCUAAUUUUGAUGUAGACUCUGAAAAACCUCCAUGUGACACAAAAACUUUUAUACCUAAUGUAAAAUUGCAAUCAUCUUUUCAACCUGGAUCUACGCCCUCUCAUUUAUUAUCGUAUUUUAUGAUGUGGAACGAUGUGGGAAUGAUUAGAUCUUUCUCGUCAGAAGAUGGGGAAGAGUGUAGUAUUGAAGUGGAGUUUCAUGAUGUUACAGUUCAUCGCAGCAUGCACAUAAAUAAUUAUUUACGACAUUCAUUAGCUGCUCUAUCUACUCAAGCACUUGCUCUAAGCUGCACAGCUUCUGAAGAUGGCCCUAGUAAAAUUGUCGUGAUAGCUCUGCAAGGUUGGGGUUCUGGAAAUAAAGAAUGGUCUUUGGAUCUACCAGAAGGAGAGGAAAGCGAAUGCUUAGCGGUUGGUGAUAAUUUUAUUGCAGUAGCAACAUCUAAGAGAAAUUUAAGAAUAUUUAUGAUAGGAGGGACACAACGUGAGAUUUUAGCUCUGCCUGGACCUGUAGUUGCAAUGAAUGGUCUAGGAAAUCAUCUUUUAAUAGCUUAUCAUGCUGGAAUUGGUUCAGCAAGUGAUCAAAAUAUAAGUUUACUAUGGAUACAAAUACAGGGAGCGCAUUUACGCAGUCAAACUUUAACGCUUCCGCUUUCACCAACAUCAGAUCUCAUGUGGUUAGGAUUGUCAGAUGCUCGUUCGCCCACUACCAUGGAUUCUGACGAUGUUAUUAGGAUAUACGAUAAGAGAUCUUGUCAAUGGAGAGUGCUCUGUGAUGCAAAUACACAGGGAAAAGGUAGAGCAGAUCACUAUUUCAUAAUCGGCGUGAGCGAAUAUGAACGGAAUAUGCGAUGUAUUCUUUGCAAAGGUAGUUAUUAUCCACCGACUACCCCGCGACCAAUAAUUACCGAGGUAUCUCUAUCUGCACCUCUCUGCGAACCGGAAUCUGAGAAAACUGAGAAAGAACGUAAACUGUGGGAGAUAGGAAAUAAUCCAUUAGAUGAAACUGAAGCGAUGUUAACUUUAAUAGCGCUUGCCUGCAAAAGCAAUUUGGAAUAUCGCGCAGUGGACAUUUGCGAACAAAUUGCGUCAACGAAAGUGAUUGAUUUGGCCGUACGAUAUGCCUUGCGUUUAAAUAAAAUGGCAUUGGCAAAUAAAUUGGAGACAAUUGCUGACAGAAAAUCAGAUUCCAAAGAUACAAAAGAAAAAGAAAUGGAAAAUCACCAAGACGAUUUUACAAAUAACGAUAAUUUUAACGGUAGUCAAGACAUUAAUAGCCAAGAAGACAAUGACGUGUCUUUACCAUCCAUUAAAAAACCAGAGAUAGAAAUUAAGCCAUUAGCCAUGAGUCAAACAUUAAAAAGAGUAAAUCCAUUUUUAAAAGCUGGAAGUCCAUCUCUAUCGCCAAGAGGUUUAGCUGGUUUAAAUAGUUUACCCGAGAAGCCCCAGAAAUCUGCAUUGCCCAAAAUCACGCCUGUUAAAUCAAAAUCGAAAACCGAGUCUAAAAAAGACUCGUUUAUUAAUUGGUACGCCAAAAAUAAAAAGAAUUUGCAGGAAGAAUUUCCUGAGGUAAAUGUUUCUGAAUUAACCAAAAUCGGUUUGACACGAUACAAAGAAGAGAUGGCACAGUCGAACACAGACAAUGCGACUAGAUCUUCAGAACUCUUCAAGAAACGAAAAUUAUCAAGUCCAGAUAAAGAUAAUAGUCAAGAUGAUGCAAAACGAGCUGUUCGUAGCAAACUCAGUGAAUUUGCAUUCGACAAGUAAAUUUUAUUCGCAAAAAAGUUUUAAUCAUAAAGCUUGCAAGAUUUUAGAAAAUUUGGAU